CCCCCACGCGAGCCGGAGCGGUUGCGGAGCGCAGGCGCACUGGCGACCCCCGGGGUCAGCCGGGCGGAUGUUUACAGCUGUCGGUGGGAGGCGGAGCAGACGCGGCGAUCCUGGGGCUGAGUGAGGGGCUGACGGAAGCACCGGAGCCCGGAUCGGGGGCAGGGGGCGGCCUAGCUGAGGGCAGGGUCGGGCGGAUCGGGGCGGGGCCGGACUGUAGGAGCCUGGGCGGCGAGCCCUCGGGCGCCUGGGCCGGGGCCGGGCCCCGGCGGGGCAGCAAGCGCCGAGACCCGAGAACCUCCAGGCCGCAGCCCAGCGCAGGCCCUAUCUCCGCCCGAGGCCCGAGCUCUUCCUAAGCAUUAUACUUGAAAAUGGGAGGUGCUGUCAGUGCUGGAGAAGAUAAUGAUGAGCUAAUAGAUAACUUGAAAGAAGCACAGUAUAUCCGGACAGAGCUGGUAGAGCAAGCCUUCCGAGCCAUUGACCGUGCAGACUACUAUCUUGAAGAAUUCAAAGACAAUGCCUAUAAAGACUUAGCGUGGAAACAUGGCAAUAUUCACCUUUCUGCCCCAUGCAUAUAUUCAGAAGUGAUGGAAGCCCUGGAUCUACAACCUGGACUUUCAUUCUUGAAUCUGGGUAGUGGCACUGGUUAUCUCAGUUCUAUGGUUGGACUCAUUUUAGGUCCUUUUGGUGUAAACCAUGGGGUAGAACUUCAUUCAGAUGUGAUAGAGUAUGCCAAGCAGAAACUGGACUUUUUCAUCAGAACAAGUGAUAGCUUUGACAAGUUUGAAUUCUGUGAACCUUCCUUUGUUACGGGCAACUGUCUAGAAAUUUCUCCAGAUUGUACUCAAUAUGAUCGUGUUUAUUGUGGUGCUGGAGUUCAGAAAGAACAUGAAGAUUACAUGAAGAGUUUGCUUAAAGUUGGGGGAAUUCUUGUCAUGCCACUAGAAGAAAAGCUGACUAAAAUAACUCGAACGGGUCCUUCUGCUUGGGAGACUAAAAAGAUUUUGGCUGUUUCUUUUGCUCCUCUGAUCCAGCCUAGUCAUUCAGAUUCAGGAAAGUCAAGACUUGUGCAACUGCCUCCACUGGCUGUUCGUAGCCUCCAGGAUUUAGCUCGAAUUGCAAUCCGAGGAACUAUUAAAAAGAUAAUUCAUCAAGAAACAAUGAGCAAAAGUGGAAAUGGACUGAAAAACCCACCCAGGUUUAAGCGAAGGCGAGUUCGACGCCGUCGAAUGGAAACUAUUGUCUUCUUGGACAAAGAAGUCUUUGCCAGUCGUAUUUCCAACACAUCUGAUGACAACAACAAUUGUGAGGAUGUAGAAGAAGAAAGGAGGGAAGAGGAGGAAAAGAAUGUGCCUGAAAUGAAGCCAGAUCCUCCCGUAAACUUUCUGAGAGAAAAGGUCUUGAGUCUGCCCUUGCCUGACCCUCUGAAAUAUUACCUGCUUUAUUACAGAGAAAAAUAAGUUUUCUAUUUAUAUUAAGGAAAAGAUACAUAAGCGGGGAAGUGGUGAGGGCCUUACAACAUGUGUAUGACUUGCUUACCUGUUAAUAUGGUCACCCCUGGCAUAGAUUGGCUGGAGAAUGUGACUGCUAUAUAUUUAAACAUCCUCAUUUUUUUCUCCUAGUUUCUUGGUGGUGUGCUAAUUUUUUUAAACUUAUAGCAGGAUUUCCUUUAAAAGAGACCUGGUGAACCCAAACUGCCUAGAAGCAAAUAUUUCUUCCAUUGAGGGGAAAGAAAAUCACCUCAAGGCUGUUUUGUAUUUCAGCUAUGCUUUAAAAUUAAACUCCAGUUUAAAAUGUUUCUAGGCAGCACCCUAAAGACUACUCUGCAACAAAGUUGCAUAAAAUAGUAUAUAUUGUGUAAUUAAAAUGAAAACUGAUGAUUCAAAUUAUUUUGCUUCUUCCAAAACCCUCACCUAAAGCACAAAUUUUACAAGUACACAAAGUCACUUCUGGGGGGCGAUACUCUAAAUGUCCAGGUUUGAAAUCUGAAUUUAGGUGGUAUCUGCCCUUAAUCAUUGGCACCAAGUUUGACUCUUCAUAUAAUUUACUAGAGUGGAAAAUAUUGUUUCAAGCCUGUUUAACCAGAUUAUAAAUAAGUAAAUAGAUAAGCUUUUGUGAGUUUUCAGAUUGUAAAUUUUCUAAAGAGAGAGUGAUGUUAAUUGGAAAAUGCAAAUCAGAAAUACAUCAAACUACCCAACUUUGUUUCUACAUAGUGAGGAUCAUAUGUAGGUGAAAUCCUUUAUGGAUUUUUGUCUGAAGAGUUUAUAAGCUAAGUUCUGAAAACUUUGUCAAGUAUAGUUUUAGAAAUUCCUGAAAGAGUAUUUUGAGAGAUGUCACAUAUUCUUUAUGUCUAAGUUAACCUGAUUGAUUCUUAAGAAUAUGCAAUACAGACCCAAAUGUGGUUGACCUGAAGAUGAAAACUAAUACUGUUCUGAAGCAAUUGACUACUCAGUUUCUCAGAAUGUAUAGAAGAUGAAAAAUCUCAGAACGUAAUUAGUGACAAUGUUCCCUAUAGACAGUCCCUGCUUUCUUGACCUCAGUUUAGUAUUUUUCUGUAACUAGAGUAAUGAGAUUUAGCUUUUAUAGUUCCAACAAAACUAGAUUUUUAAAAAAUAAUUUUUCUUAAAAAAUAGAUCUUUAAAAUUUUAGUUAUGUUAGAGGAAUUUAACUUGCAGUGAAUUGUAAAUUAAACUUUCCCCAGAUUAUGAUGAGUGUAAAAGUAAAAAGGGGAAAGAGUUCUCAGUCUUUCUAAACAAGUGGAGAAAAUGAUCUAGUCUUCAAGAUAACCUGACUGAAAAACCUUUCAAUUAUCUAAGACUACUUUUGAGAUACACUGGAAUUAGAGUGCUUGAUCCAAAGUAUAUUUGUUCAUUUUUGUUUACUUCCCUGUCAUUUUUACAUGCUCCAAAAGGCAUAACUAGCCUAAAAUGUAUACAGUAAACCAAACUUUCAAAGUGUCUAAGAUUUAAACACCCAAUUCACAUUGACUGUGUCUUGUGAUUAAAUAUUAUGUAGCUCUUUGAAAUUGCAGGGUAAAUUCAAGUGUCUCUGUGCUAACUGAUCUCUGUUGAUUUGGGUAAUUUUCUAAAAUUACUCAACGGAUCUUUAGUCUGUGUGCUGACAAUUUUUUUCACCACAAAUUAAAAUCUGUGUAGCCAAAUAAAAAGGAAAAGUCGGUAUGUCUGGUCCUGAGCUAUCAUAAAGUUAGACUAUUAAGGAAACUUUAUAUGUUGUUACAUUCAUUAGCCUUUUGGUUCAAUGUCAAAGUUACCCAUAAUUUUCAUCUCCCAAGAUUUUCAGUUUUCAAAUUACCAGUUCAUUCCUUACAGGUCCUAGUGUGGAGAAAUCUAAUUGGUACAUGUAUGUGUGUGUAGAUAUACAUAUGCAUAUGUAUGUACACACAUAUAUGUAUAUAUACAUACACAUAUAUACACACAUACACACCAACUAGGUGACAUAUUGAUAGCUAUAUAUAAUUUGCCAUUUACGUGUAAUUUAUAUGGACAUAAACAAUUUGGAGUAAAUAGUCAUCUGAAAUCUGUGAAAUUUGUUAUAUAAUUAGUACAUCUUUACAUUGGCUAUCUUCAGUUUUUUUCUAUAGUUAUAUAAGAAUUUCAGACUUUCACCACAUUUGCCUUUUGAUUACUUUAGGAUUUUUAAUGCUCUUUAAAAUGCAUAGAAAAUGGUUUUCCCUUUCUAUUUUUAAAACCAAAAUAUUCAAGCGGUUUGUGUUUUCAUGUCCAGUUGUGCUGUUGUCAAAACAGAAAAACUGAUAGAAGAAUUUUAAGUGUAAUAUAUAACUGUGAAAUGGUGUGGUGUUUAGCCUGCAAAAAUAAAGGGGAAUUGUAAAUAGCAUUCUCCUUUGCUUAAGCAUUUGCACUGUAGGUUAGUAUAAUAGGAUUAUUUUCAGUUUCUACACAGAUUAAGGAUAGUAUAAUGUUUUUUUGUAUAGUCUAUAAGCCCUUUUAUGGAAUACUGUAUACUGUAACCUGGUUUUCUGACUUCUGUUUACUUUUAUGUUUUAAAUAUUAUGUGAUGUAGUCUUGACAAGUAGUAAGGUCACAGACUUGUGCAAAGCAAAUUUCAGCUAUGUAAAUCUUAAGUAUGUAAGUUGAAAAUCAAAAUCUGUAUAUAGAAAGAAGAAAAGGCAGUUUUACUGAUCUGGAACUUGCAAGUAAUAUGAAACAUGAAUUUUAUUGAGCUCAUAUACAUGAGUGUAUAGAACAUAUAUCAAUAAAUGCAGUUAAGAUGUUUUAGCCUUCUUAGCAUUGCUUCUGUAUCGUGCUAUUUUGAAAAGAACUUCACCUAACUUUUUCUUUUUGGAGAUUUAAUGAAAUUACUUUUUUUUUCUUUUUAAUGUUUGCAUCCACUUUCUUAUGCUAGAAUUGGACUGAUUUUUUUUGUCUCCACUUUUCUGAAAUUCUCUUUUUCCAUUCAGGUAAAUAGUUUAGUUUAGUUCAGACUCAUUCACAGUAGAAUUGAAGAUAUAAUUAGUUCCUAAUGUGACAUUGGCAUAGGCAGAUUAUGAUUCUAAAGAACUUAAUAGGCUAAUGACUACAAUAAUUACUCAGCUCUUCAGUUAUUCAGGAUAUGCUUGGAACCUAGGCACUUUGAAGGGAGAGUAGCAUAUCAGGUUUGAUUCACCAGCAGUAAGCUGAUUGGUAGCAAGCAAGGGUUAAUUGAGUCACCAGCCCAGUUUUAAUAUUUUCUAACAUCAAUGAAAAAUGGUUAUUUUUCUGGGGUCAUCCACAAAACUAGACUUAAGUUAACUCGUUACUACAUAUCUUAUUGUCAUCCAGUCUACUUUAUCCUAAGAAUCUCAAAGGAGGACAGUUUUGUUUUUGUGCUUUUUAAAUAACUUUCAAGUAAAAAUGCACUUCCUGAAAAUGGAAGAAUGGACAUCACUCAGUAUUUUCAACAUUAUAUUAUUAGCACUGCCCUUUUUUAUAAUUCAAAUAUUUACAUUUGCCCUUUUAAUUACACUUAUUUGAUUUUUUUAAGGCUUUGAAAUGCAGUGAUGAUUUUUUUCUUUAAAUGUUUAAGCAAUUUGUGUUUUCAUUUGGUUUUGACAUAAAGAGGAAAUUUUUGUGCAUUUUAAAGAGCCUUAAAAAUCUAAUGUAAUAUAAGGGAAAUAGGUAAAAAUUUGAAAUUCUUACAUAGUUUAGAAAAAUGUAAAAAAUGCAUAUGUGUAUAAAGAGCACAUAUACAUACAUACACAUAUCCUUUUAGUAACCUAUAAAUGCUCUACAGGUCCCAUUUUGAAUUAUGUUUCUAUUCUUUGGUCUAAGUCUGAAAAUAAAGGUUAACUAUAUAUUGUGUCUUUAAAUGCACUUACUGUGACAUGUUGCCAGGCAAGAGACAGGGUUAUCCAAAUCAGCCAAAGACUAAGCCCUGUUUCAUGAAUUUCAAAUUUAAUCAUCUACAUACCUUAUGACAUUAGUACCAUCCAGAUUAUUUAAACCCUUAUCUCUCUGGAAACUGGAAGGUCAUCUGUAAGGGAAGGCAUCAGUUGAUUCUUUGAGGCCAAGGUUGUAAUCAGCAGUAAAUAAAAGCCACCUGGUUCCUGUGUCUACUGCUGUGUCUGGUGUAACAUUAUACAGAAAUCUAAGAUCUUGCAGAGCUGGUGAUGUCACACUAAAGAACCACACACGUGGCUCAGAAAUGUAACUGUUAACUUCCUGUUUACCUAAAGUGCUGCUGUUUUAAAAAACUAACCCUACAUAUUUUUGUCACUUAAUGUCAACUUGUUGCUUGUCUAUGUUUGGUAUUUAGUUCAUGGUAUUUAGCUAGAUCUAGUAUGAAAACUGUUCUUUUUCUUGGAAUAUCAUUUUACAAAUAAAAGCUGUAUAUACUGUGCUGCUAAUGUUUCCACUGAAUAAAAAAUGUAUCCUUUGUCUAAUGCAUAAGUAGCAUGGUCUAGUCCUGUGUUAGUAGACUUCUGGCUAAACAUUUGAUCUUUAAAUGUGGAGAAUCUUUGGAGAAUAUCUGACAACACAAAAGAUUACCUUGCAUUUACAUUUGUAAUCCUAAUAUAAAUAAGACCAGAAGUGUUUGCUGUAUUGGUACUCCCAAAAGGUCCAUUUAAAUUAGGAUGACUAAGGACUACGUGGUUAAUGGCCAAGUUUAUAUUCAUUCUUUGUUCUUAAGAUUAUGCUGUGCCCUCGGGAUUUAUGAGCAUCAUUAUCAAUGACAUUAGAAUUAUAAAAAUGCAUUCAAAGUCAUUUGCAUAUAUAAGUACAUUCAAAGUUGUUUUUUUCCCAGUCACAAAGGUAAAAAAAAAAUUGUAACUUCCAGCAAAGUAUAUUAAAAAGGAAUAUUGGUUAUUA